AUGGACAGUGCAGCUCCAUUUGGGGGAGCUGAUUCCACCUCGCGGCUGACCACUGGCUCCGCUAUUGGAAUGGGGACAGGACUUGUUGCCCUCUUAAUGUUAUUAACAGGAAUUACAGUCUGGAUAUUGAAACGUCGGGCACAAAGGCCCCGCAACCAGUCAAUUGAAGCGCCCAUACAAUCUCGUAGCAGAACCACCUCCGAUGCGACAGAUCAAAAGACCUUGGUGGCGUCAAUGCCGAAUAGUCCCCAAUAUCCACCCUUCAACUCUCAGAGUGCUAUGAAUCCGGGACUUUUCGCCAGGGUCGUAGCGCCUCAGGAGAUCAAGGAGGUUGCCGGCAGCAGACAUGGGUCAAUGGACCGAAAAGCGCUACCACUCCUUCCCCUUCCACAACUUCCACUUCCGCCCAUACCAAAGGAGACCAAGAUCUACGCGCUUAACGUCAGUAUCAACAAGAGCAUGAUCAUGGACGAAGAUAUGAUGCAAGCUGUGAGCCCGAUGAGGGGCAACGAUACUCCACGCGGCAGUGCAACGCCGCGUGAUCGCGCACCGCGGUACAAGUUCGAAGAAUAUAUUCCACCUGUUGCCAAUGCCCCCCCGCCCAUUGCGAUUUCAAGAGCACCUGCUCCUGGAUUCCAAAGUUCCGAGUACGAGCUCGGGCAGUAUCCGAAGAAGGAACAGCAGAAUGACGCUGUCCCAUUGUCAGAUAGGGGUCCAAACGGCGGCCCAGAGCCAUUAAGCCCUGUCGUCAAGACGUUUACAAGCUCGGACAGCAAAGCGCGCCAACUCUCCUUACCGGAUCUUCCACCCCCAAGCCCAAGCUUUAGCUUCCGUUCAUACGACUGGUACCAGGACAUCAUUGAGGAACCGUCAAAUGGAAAUGGUGCACGAACACCCACACAGACCAAGUUUCCUAAGACGCUUUCACUUUUCCCUCAGAGUACGCCCAGAACCAUGGACCUAGGCGUGUUACCAGAGCCUUCUUCGCCCGGCGCAUCUUCUAUUGCACCCGGCACGUAUUUACAUCCAAGCUCGGCGGCCAUGUUCAGCCCCACGAGCCCCAACUUUCGUUUAUCACCAACUGUUUAUACCCCGCCACCCCGGCAAUCAUCACAAUCAAAACCACCACCGCAACAACAACAUGUACAAAAACAAAAUACACAAGCAAAGAGUUCAUCACGAACAUCGGCAAUGAGUACUGCGAGUCACAAGACACGUGAAUCUAGAAGCUGGCUCCCUGCUGAGGGACUUUACCUUGCCGACGAGGGGGGCCUUACCCGAUUUUUGACUUUCCGUCGAGGGAACGAAGACAACAGACCAACGAGCUAUUCACCUUUAGCCUGA